GCAACUGGUCUUCCUUGGUUGUACUGAGUUACAGUGAAACUAUCGAAGCUGCUAAAUGAGAAAACCAAGUGCCCUCAGAGCAAAGUUUUAUGUGGCAGAUACUGUUGUUUGCUCUUGUUGAGAAUCAGGUAGUUAACUGUUGACUUAGUUUACUUCUUGAUUUCUAAUGCUGAGAUGCCAUAUGAUUCUGUGAUAAUUUGGCAAAUUUGGAAAGCCCUGCCAUGUUUUGACAGACUUCUACUGGGAAAGGUGGCUAUAUUAAUCUAGUAGAGAGAACAUUAAGGAAGCUGUGAGGUUAAUUUCAUUCUGAUGGUGACAAAACCUUGAUAGCAUUUAAUAUCAAUGCUUUUUCACAAAACUUCGAUGUCCACGUAAAGUACCAACUUAAAAAAAAAGAAAAAAUAGAAUCCUCCUACCUUCUUAAAAGGCCUACUGUGACAGCUGCCCAGGCCUCAUUUCUUGCUCCUUUGUAUCCCUUGUUUAUUGUUUACCUAUAGAAAUUUGCCCCUGAGAAGGCAGGCAUUUCAGCUUUGAGGCAAGGAAAUAGUGAGAGCUAAUUGAUUCAUUUGAGGAUGAAACUUGCAACUCUGACCGGAUUAGCAUCAUCCUCUCACCUAGUGAGUUAAAUGCAACAGAACAACAGCUCUCCAAGUACUUUUAAACUCUGCCCUCAUUUCAAAGCCCAGCUCAUUCUCUUAUUUUGUUAAGAAGCAAUGUGGUAUGACUGUGAUAAAGAUAAAAAAGAAAAGCAUGUUUUCACUUGAGUGAGACUGCAUUAGAAAUGUUAGCUAGUCAGGGUUGGGUGUUGCCUGUCCUUUGGAAGAGAACAGGCCUAAACAGUACCUUCCUCAUCCUGUAGCUAUGAGGAAGGCACCGUGAUUGAGAUUAGAGAUGCUUCCAUAGCUGAUUAUUAAUCAAAUGGAAAUUAAACUAACUUUAAAUAUAUAGCAAAAGGAUGGAAGUGAAAAAGAUUGUGUAUUUUUAAAGGACCUAUUUCAUGUAAACUUUUGUUUCUUGAACAAAAUGUGAACUACCUAAAGAAUGAAAUUGGAAAGUCAGUGGGAGAAACAGCUGUGGAAUCAAAGACCGAUAUUUAAAUUUUGAGCCUAGUUGUUGGAUUUUGUGCACAUUAUUUAAUUUCUUUAUGCGUCGAUUACUUCUUAUGUAAAAUAGGGAAGAUACUCUUUACCUCAUAGAAUUAUUCUAAAGAUCAAAUAAAGGCUUUAAAGCCUUUAGGGCAGUGUCUAGCACAGGGUAGAUGCUUAAUAAGUGGCAGCUUUAUCAAUAACAACAACUUAAUAUUGUUGAAUACUUUACCAGGCCAAAAAAAGAAAGAAAAGGACAUAGGGAGCACAAGGGAAGGUGAUAAUAGAAUGAACUGAUUAUAUGUGUAGAUAAAAUAGAUUACAUUAGGCAGGGGUGUCAUGAGGAUUAGUGUGAGAGUGACCUUGUUGCUAAGUACAAAAGCAAAACAAUGACAUAAAAACAAGUACGCUAGGCACUGAGUGGAGGAGAGAGAUGGAGGCAGACGCUGCAGGAAAAAAAGCUGAUUAAAAGGGCCUUUGAUUCCACAGGCACAAAAAUCCACAGCCAGGAAUUUGCUGCCACCUCUGAGUCAGGCAGGGGGUGGGGGUGGGGUGCACAAUCCCAUUAGUAGAGAAAUGCCCAGUGGAUUUAGUCUGAGAGUCACAUUUCUUAUUUGGACCAGUGUAGACAGAAGCAAACCCAGCUCACUUGUUUCCUGGGACAGUUGAGUUAGGGGAUGGCUUUUGCAGAGCGUUCACCGCUGACCCCUCACCGCCGGGACCUCUGUAGCCGCUCUAUCUGGCUAGCAAGGAAGAUUCGUUCAGACCUGACUGCUCUUAUGGAAUCUUAUGUGAAGCAUCAGGGCCUGAAUGAGAACAUAAACCUGGACUCUGUGGAUGGUGUGCCAAUGGCAAGCACUGAUCGAUGGAGUGAGCUGACUGAGGCAGAGCGACUCCAAGAGAACUUGCAAGCUUAUCGUACCUUCCAUGUUAUGUUGACCAGGCUUUUAGAAGACCAACAGGUGCAUUUUACUCCAGCUGAAGGUGACUUCCAUCAAGCAAUACAUACCCUUCUGCUCCAAGUUGCUGCCUUUGCUUACCAGCUGGAGGAAUUAAUGGUGCUCCUGGAAUACAAGAUCCCCCCCGGUGAGGCCGAUGGGAUUCCUGUUACUGUUGGAGAUGUUGGUCUUUUUGAGAAGAAGCUCUGGGGCCUAAAGGUGCUGCAAGAGCUUUCACAGUGGACAGUGAGGUCCAUCCAUGACCUUCGAGUCAUUUCUUCUCAUCCAACUGGGAUCUCAGCACAUGGAAGCCAUUAUAUUGCUAACGACAAGAAAAUGUAGCAGUUGCCCUUCUUCCUUUCUUUUCUAAUGGAAUAUACGUAGUUCUCUGAGGCCUCACCUUCCCACUCUUCAGUUUUUGAAAAACCUUUAAGACCACAGGCAUUUUCCUUAAGUAGGGUUGGAGAUAUGGACAAAUGGACAUACAGGUUUAGUCUGGGUUGUGUGUGUGUGUAUGUGUAUGUGUGUUGAGGCCAUAAGGGAGUGGGGCAGGGACAACAUCCUUCCAUCUGAGUGCUCUAAUCUUUUCUACCCACUAAGUAACCUUUACGGGCAUUUAACAGCCUCACAGGAUAAAUAUAUUUCUGACUUUAGUCCUGGAUGACUCUUCUGAGAAGACUAACAGUGAAUUAAAAAUCAUAGACUCUAGCCAACUCAAACUUGGAUAAUAAAAAUAGUAACUAACAUUUAUUAUCUACUGUAUUAAAGUAAUAUGUCACAGGCUUUAUGUAUAUUAUAAUUUUCACAACAACCCUGUUGAGGGAGGUGGUGGUAUUCUCAUUUGGCAGAUGAGAAAACAGGCUCUCAGAAAUUUAUAAUUUGUUCAGGGUUACCCAUCUAGCAAGUGACACACUAAGUUUGAACGCAGAUUUUUCUCAUUCCAAAGCCUAUGUGCCCUUCACUCUAGAGGCCUGAUUAUGAACCUCCAUCACUGCACCUCUUUGCCACAGAGGGUUGGAAAAUGUAUCCAUGUAGACUAAUCCUAGCACUGAAGAAACAACCUCCAGUACAUGUCCUGAAUGGCACAAUUUUAGUGUUAAAGGCAGUAUUUGCUGUCCAUGCUUGGCAAAGAGAGCAAUGGAGAUCUUAAGAUUCUGUUUGGGGAGAAGAUUAGGCCCACCAAACUUCAGAAUUUAAGCAGAUAGGGAUGUGCAGUAAUAACAACCUGUUUUUAAAGUGUUCACUAAUGUUCUUGAGUUUGAGUUUGGGAUACCAGGUUACCUCACAUUUAUUGUAAUCAGCAGUGCAGUGAUACAGACACUGUAACCCAAGCAUUCAUGGACAGUGGGUGGACUACUACUCAGGUUAAAAAGUCACAGAACUCCUUCACCACACAUUCUCGGCACUUAGUCAUGAGAAGAAGGUGAGGCCCACUCUGUUCCCCGUGGGAAUGCUGGCGAUUCUGAAACAAUAUACAUCAAAGCCUCCAUGCUUUACAACAAAGAGGCAGAGCUCUGCAUUUAAUGUUCUUGAGAGAAGCACAGUGUGAGAGGCGCCAGGUAGUAGAUGUGGGCAUUAAUGGAAAAGGUCAUUUGCAGUCGGGCCUGUGAACUAGUAGUGCAGUGUGAAUCCGGAAGUUCUCAGGUGUACCAUGUUUCACACUACCAAUUAGUGAAAACUCAAGAUCUUCAACUGGGGACCCAAAUCAAUUUAGUUUACUUGUUUGGGGCUUCGGUAUUCUUAAAUGAACCAUGAGUUAGAGAGGGCUAGCUCCCAAAGGUCGCAUGAGGUGGAAUGGGUGAUUAGCUUGUGUCCUUCCCUACAUAGGUUCAUGUCCAAAACUCCAUGAAGUCAAUGUUAUGAGAGGCCUCUGGGCUAGGCGUUGGGGCGAUACAGGGUAAGAAAGGCCCUGCUCUCUAGUGUGCAUUUGUGGAAACAAGGUUGUAUGCAUAUAGGGGAUCAAUACUAGGCUGGAAUUGUAAGGCACAGGUGUAAGUGUUAUGGAGUUAAAAGGAAGCUCAACAAGGGCCAGAAAUCGCUUCCUGGAGGAGGGAGGAGUUCAGUUGUGUCUCAGAGGUUGGCUGAGCACCAAAUAAAGAGAAGUCAUGAGGUGAGGAACACGGAAGAGUUGCCUGGCUAGAAGCAAGUGAGGCAAUAAUAAACAUCUGAGUCCAGCAACCACUAGAGGUUUAUUGUUGGUUUUAUUUUAUUUGUGAUUUGGUAUAGGUAGAUAGUUCCCCAGUGAAUACAUAGAGGCUUAUUUCAUUCAAGCUUUUCCUUAUUUAAAUUGUUGCUUCUGCUUAACAGCAACAGCAGUAUCUUUGAUUGAUAAAGUACCUGCUUAUUAAUGUGAAGCUCUUAGAUUUAUCUGUACAGUAUUUUAGGUUCUUUUUGUAUAAUGGAGAAAGAAUGACUAAAAUUUCUUGAUGGGGAAUAACUAAUGACAAACUUGCUGAAUCUGAAAGGAGUGACCCCUCUCCAAGUGUUUUGUUUUUAUAUUCAGCAGGUGUGGCAGGGCAGACAUCUGCAGAAGUUCCAAAAAUCAAUGGAGCAUGGCUUAAGCUUUGCUGAGUUGCAUGUGAAGGAGUAUUUAUGGACGAGGCACAUUUGAAGUGGCGGAGGGUCCAGAAAAGGUACAAAUACUAGCUAUUGAAUGGGAGGGAAUAGGAAGAUGUGUAAGUUUCAAUUAGGUCGCAAAAGCAGCAAGUCUACCGAGUGCACUCCCAACUCUGUGCUAAGAGCUAAGUGUCAGUUUCUCCUUCAAGAAACUUGCUAUGUGCCUCAAAAGAAGUGUGGGGAAACUCCUUAGAAAAAGGUAGAUAAAGUAAGAGGGAAAUGAGCACUUAGUCAUAAUAACAAAGACAUAAACGUGUGGAUCUGCAUGUGUAGACAUUGCAUCAUGCUCAUCUGAAAUGGAUGAAACAGACUGAAUGAGGGACUGACAAUAUGCCAGUGCUCUAGGGUGUGCGUUUCGUAAUACACCUAGGGAUAAUGGCGACACUGUGAAAGUACAUAUUUUUUAAGGAUCCACAACCCAAAAGAGAUUUUUGAUCUUCAGAUUUUAGUUCCUUUGUUUCUUAGAUCUGUAUAUGGAUAGGAUCUCUGGGGAAUCAUAUUUUUAUAUACAUAUAAACUAUAUCAUAUGUAUUAAUAUGUGUGUAUAUAUAUAACUAUAUAUCAAUAAGGUAUUAAUAGGCAUAAAUUUAAUUCCUAGGCCCUAACUCUUAUUUUGUAAAGAGGAUUCCUUCCAUCCUGUUGUCUCCAAAAAAGUCCUCUCUGUGGGGAGACAGAUUCAGUUUUCCUGAAUCUCUCAAGGAAUUGCAUGUAUGAGAGUUGAUAAAUUCUUCAUUGAUUUAAGAGGGUGAUUUGGAAAAGACUUGCAAAUUAGCACAAACUCGAAGGCCAAGUGUGGGAUACAAUUAGCUUUAGUAUGAUCAGGUUUGAGGGAAGUGAGAGUUUUAAUAAAUAUGGAAAGUGUAAAGUCAUAGACCUGGUAUUGCUGUUAUUUCAGGCUGCUGUGGAUUAAAGCCCAAUGGAUGACUCAUUGCUGUGACCUCUGGUCAAACAGGGAGAGGACAAGUAAAUAUUUCAGGGAGACAUAUCUGCAAAGUUGUUUAGAAUGACUUUUCUUUAUGAAUCCUCAGCUCCUCAUGAAGUGGCUGAGUACCUUCUCCCUCUGUUGAGGAGUAAAAUAGAAAUAGAAAUGCACCAGGAUGAGAAAGGGAUUGGUGAAGAGGAAAAGGAGAAAAAAAAAGUAGAAUUUGGAUACCACUUCAGUUGAUUUAUUGUGUGUGUGUGCGCGCGCGCGCUACUAACAGCGUUUAGGCCAGGGCCUAGAAAGAAUGGUUUGGCCUCCUGCCUCAUCCCACCUCAGCGUCAAGCGUCAGACCCAAGAAUGAGACCUCUGAAUGUUGGUACAUUCAAAAAGUGAAAGUGAUGAAAAUUUCAUCUCUCCGCUCAAAAGCUAUAAAGCUCUAAGGUUUACAGAUAAAGAAAGUAAAAAUAUAAUUUGAUCUUUUGAUGAAAUUUGUGUGGGGUAUGAGAUAAGAAAAUCCACGCGCAUGAGAUUCUUAUGUUACUUGGAUCGAUCUAUUUUUGGCAGUUAGAAAAUAAAAGAUGCAAGAAUGGCUAACAAUAAAGAUCUCACCUCAGCAAGACCAUGAGUUGCUUCUUUUAUUUGUGUAUCUUUGGAUGAACAAGGGGAAUUUCAAGUGAGUUCAACAUUGGAUGAAGUGUAAUCCUCCAGCCAGGGCCAGGCUCAAUCAAGUGUGCUAGGUAAAUCUCCAUUAUGCUAGGCCACUGGGAAAAAAAUCCCAAGGCGAGCCAGCCUAGAAAAGGUAGACUGCCCCUAUGCCUAUCAGCUAGCCUGCAGGUGAGGAAGAUUUCCUUCUAUAUGGUUUAAUUUCAAGUAUUCCCAGUCAAGCCUUUGAAAGACAGAAGAACCCUGACUAGCCCAUUUCUAGUCAGUUGGAAGGUAGAAACUAAGUUGUGGGAAAUCACAUAGGGGAAAAUAUGAAAAAUUGCUAAGAGAUUCUAUAUUUUUAUCCACAUGUUCAAGGUGGUAUCAAACGAAUUCUGCAUUUCCUUAUUAUGUCAGGUGCCUUACAGUACUGUAUGUCAUUUAAUCCUCUGAGAUCCUUUCUCUCCUUCACAAAUGAGGGAAAUGAGAAUGAGCAUUAACUUGUCCAAGUUCCCUCUUCUAGUAUAUGACAGGAUUGGAGUUUUAGUUCCGGCUCCAAAACUCACUCCAGUACACCCCACUGCUGUGGGACUCCUACAGAAAUCCAUUCUUCAUCUCUAAUUCACUUUCCUUGGGUAAAGCCAGCAAGAGUUGUACCAAAUCUUGCUUUGUGACAAACCCUAUUAAGUUUCCAAACUUUGGGACAAGUCACUUUUUCUGAGCUGCUUCAUUUAUGAAAUGGAAAUGACAGUUAUCUUUACAGGUUGUCAUAUGGUUUAGACAAAUUGAGUAUCUGAAAGUACUUGUAAAUGACGUAUAAACAUCAAGUAUAUUUAAUGUCUCAAAUAGCUUGGAUUGAUGUAAGACUUUCAACUGAGGAGAGAAGUCUGUAAGCACCUCAGAGAAAUACCAUUUGCUUCCGAGGAUCCAUGUGAUCACAGCCUGGACUUUACUUUGUUGUAGCUGUGGGCCUUUGGCCACUAGAGACCGACCCAGUCUCAUACACAGCCUCCAGGAGUUAUCCACCUCUGUGGAGAGUCGAGACUCAGGCUGUUCACAACACCCAGAAGAGAUGGCUUUCCCAGUAGGCGGGGUCAGACAAGUUCUGGAGGAACCUGGCAGGCCCUCUAGAGAGCCAAGGAAACGUGCAAACCAAGGCACCGCCCAGGAUGUGUUAAAGCAUGCAUUUAGACUGAGAGUUGUCCCACCAUAUACCAGCAUUCUCCUCUGAAUACCGGAAGGAACUCAAACUUGGUUUAGUUUAAUCCCA